AUGCAGGUUAUUCUAUCAUCUCUAUUUCUUGCCGUGGUUGCUAGUGCAGCUGUUGACUCUGCGAAAGUUCUAAGGAGUAAAUCAGUAGGCAAACGAGAUCUUUGGCAGUAUGGAGGAACGGGUGGUUACGGCACCGGUCAUGGAGUGCAAGCUCGAUCGGGUGACUGGAACCACGAUGCGAACAAUUAUCACUACGCCCAGCUUCGGAUGCAGGUUCAUCCAGUUCACGAGUGGCAGCAGGAUGAAUCGUACAACAAGCAGGAAGCGCAAGAAUGGAGACCGAGCUACUCGGCACCAAGUGACCAUCAAGUAGCAUCGUUUCACUCGAAGGAAUCCAACAACGAACAAGAAUAUGUCCAACAGGAAUGGCAAAGUAAUAAUGAACCUCAUCAGGAGGUGGGCGGUAAACAAGGAGAAAAACAGCAGCACCACCAUCAUCACCAUCACGUGAAGGUGAUCGAGGUCCCGAAACCAUUCCCAGUACAUGUGGAAAAACCAUACCGGUGUAUGUGGACAAGCCUGUGAUCGUGGAGAAACAUGUACCUCUGA